ACUCCUCUUUAACAGUAGUUCGUGUUAGUUCCUUCAAAAUGGACUGAUACAAUUAGCCACAUUUGAUCACCAUCAUUUCUGACUGAUGAUUAAUUUUUGUAGGUUUUAUUUUGUUGAUGGCAUGCACGAGAAAUAAAUGCUUGGAUUGUUACAAUGUCACAAUAAAAAUAAUUUGAUGAAUUGAGAGCAAAAAUUUCCAGCUAGAUGGUGAUAUGUUGAGGGGUUUUGAGCUUCCAGGUCCCACGGUAACUGAUCCAGACACAUCAAGCUUGGAAUCGAAGAAGAAUUAAGUAUACUGUUAUGGCAACUGGCACGGGCUCUCCUUGUGGCGCAUGCAAGUUUCUCCGGCGGAAGUGCACUGCGGAUUGCAUCUUUGCGCCGUAUUUCCGGUCGGAGCAGUUGGGGGCUGCUAAAUUCGCAGCCAUUCACAAAGUGUUCGGGGCUAGCAAUGUAUCCAAGCUGCUGUCGAAUGUUCCCGUCCAUGAUCGCUACGAGGCAGCUUUAACCAUUGCUUAUGAAGCUCAAGCAAGGAUCAAAGAUCCUGUGUAUGGCUGCGUCGCCCAUAUCUUCGCUCUGCAACAACAGGUGGCUUAUUUGCAAGCGCAACUGCUGCAAGUAAAGGGUGAGCUAGCCCAAAGCAGGCUUAAUGUGAAUUCAAGAAAGGGUGAAAAUGAUUGGCCGAGUGACAGGGUAGGAGGAACUGGAACUGGUUACAGUACAGAGGGAGAUGGUUUUCUGGAGAUGCAAAGCAGUAGUCGGAAGAGAGCUUCACAAUCUGACCUGGGUGAGCUGCAAGCCUUAGCUUCUAGAAUGAUGAAAAACUGAUAUAUCAAAAUCCCAUCCAAACUCAUAUCAUCACCAUCAUCAUCCUUGUUCUAUAAUCAUGUGUGUAAAUGCACAGACUAUAUAUUUACAAAUAAUUAAUUAGCUAGCUACCUUAGUUUUGAAGACAAUUACUAACUACCCUCAUUAAAUAAAGCUAUUUAUGUCUA